AUGCUAACGGUGAGAGCAAAGGGCAGCCUGGAGAUCCAGUUUAAUGGUGCCAGUAGCUUGUUUGUCCGUGUGGGCCCGGAGUAUCGGAAGCAGCUAUGUGGGAUGUGUGGGAAUUUCAAUGGCAAUCCCAUGGACGAUAAGGUCCUGCCCAGUGGAGAGAGAGCCAGGAACAACACAGAGUUCGGGAACGCCUGGAUUUCUGACACCAGCCCUCCCGGGUGUACGAAUGACACCGGCAACCUGGUGCCUUGUCCCAAAUUACACGUGUUCCAGCAGCUGUGUGGGAUCCUAACGAACCGCUCGGGACCUUUCUCUGAGUGUCACUGGCACAAGAGCCCAGCCCCUUACUACGAGUCCUGUGUCUACGACCUUUGUCAGUAUGGCCUGGGCAAUCGCAUGCUGUGCACAGCUGUCGAAUCUUACGAUGAGAUGUGCACCAUUGUCGGCAUGAAAAUGGCAAACUGGAGACGGCAGAUGGGAUGCAGUUUCACUUGCCCAGCCAAGAAUUAUUUUGACUUCUGUGGCCCUGCCUGCCCUGCCACUUGUGCCAACCUUAGUGCACCCCUGCUCUGCACCAAGCCCUGCGUGGCGGGAUGCUUCUGUCGGGAAGGGUAUGUUCUGGACGCGGGACGCUGUGUGCCUGUGAGCCGGUGCGGCUGCACGUUGAAUGGUCAGUAUCACCAGCUGGGAGAGGAGGUGAUCCUGACAGACACCUGCCGCAGGAAAUGCAGCUGCCGGCAGCCUGCCCAGCCCAUGCAGUGCCAGGAUCAUGCCUGUGGGGCUCUGGAGAUAUGUAAAGUUGUGGAUGGCACCCGAGGCUGCUACCCUGUGACGUUCGGCACCUUAUGGGUGUUCGGCCACUCCCACUACACCACGUUUGACGGAGUCAUGUUUGAUUAUCAAGGAGCCUGCAAAUACACCCUGAGCAAGUACUGUGGCCCCCCGGGGAGCCUCCCCGACUUCACCAUCAAAGUGGAGAAUGAGCACAAAGGAUCCAUCGCGGUGUCCUGGACGCGCCUGGUGGAGCUAGAUGUCUAUGGGGAGCGUAUUGCUAUGGCAGGGGGACAGUACGGCCAGGUGCAGGUGAACGGAGCCCUGGCCAAUCUGCCUCUGGUCCUUGCAUCAGGCAAACUCUACGCCUAUUUCAGCGGCUCGUCUGCUGUGCUCCAGACCGACUUUGGCCUCUCUGUGUCCUACGACUGGUCCCACUCUGUGUCGGUUUCUGUUUCUGAGAUCUACUCUGGGUCACUGUGUGGACUCGGUGGGGAUUUCAAUGGGAACCGGAGCGAUGAUUUCCAGACCCCAAACGGUUCUGUGGUCCAUGAUGCCGUCACCUUUGGCAAUAGCUGGAAGGAUGCUGAUUCCCCUUUUCACUGCACGGCCGUUGGGCUCCCAGCCCAAUGUAACGAAAUGGAACUAGCCCAGUACGGAUCUCAGAGCUACUGCGGGCUCAUCGCAGACACUGCUGGGCCUUUUAAAGAGUGUAACCGGCUGGCUGAUGCUCAGGUUCACGUCGAGAGCUGCGUGCGGGAUGUGUGCGCAACUCGGGGCAGCCGCGAGACCCUGUGUCAAGUGCUUCGAAGUUAUGCCCAGCGGUGCCAAAGUCGUGGCAUUGCCAUUGAGCCAUGGAGACAGCGGGCUGGAUGCGAGUUAACCUGCCCCGCCAACAGCCACUAUGAGCUCUGCGGACCUUCCUGCCCGGCCUCUUGUGCCCACCCAGCUGUGCCCUCCCGCUGCCGGACUGCGUGUGCAGAAGGGUGCCAGUGUGACCCUGGCUUUGUGCUGAGUGGCACUGACUGUGUGCCUCGGGGGCAGUGCGGCUGCACCCACAAUGGCAGAUACCACCUGGCAGGGGAAAGCUUCUGGGAAGGAGAUAAUUGCCAGCGAUUGUGCAGAUGUGACGGCUCCUCCCACUCUGUCCAGUGCUCCCGCUCUGCCUGUGCCCCUGGGGAAUUCUGUGGCACUCGAAAGGGGGCUUAUGGGUGCCACAAGCAAACCAACGGCAUCUGCUGGGCUUCUGGGCUGCCGCAUUACACAACGUUGGAUGGGAAGCGAUACAAUUCCCAGGGCACCUGCAAAUAUGUCUUUGCUGAACUGUGUGGGGCAUCACAGUCCUUACCCUUCUUCAGAGUGGAAGUGAAGAAUGGAAACCUGCCCCAUGUUCCUGUGGCUGUGACCUCGGAGGUGUUUGUCCUUGUGAACAGGACGGAGAUCCAUCUGCAGAGAGGGCAGCACGGGACAGUCAAGAUUGCUGGCGUGACUGUGACCCUCCCGGUGAAUGUGAAAACACUAGGAGUUGCCAUUUAUCAGCAUGGGCUGUAUACGGUGCUGCAGACUCCCUUUGGGCUGAGUGUGAGCUACGACCUGGCCCACAGCCUGUUUCUCAGCCUCCCCCCCGAGUACCGAGGCCAGACCUGUGGGCUGUGCGGGAACUUCAAUGGGGCGGCCGAGGAUGAUUUUGUGACGCGUAACGGCUCCCAGGGGAAGGACGCCUUCCACUUCGCUGCAGGCUGGAAGUCGGAGGAUGUCCCUGGCUGUGACGACGGCUGCUCUGAUUCCUGCCCUGGGUGUGAAGAGGAGGAAAGUCUGGUGCAGUCCAAGUCCCGGUGCUGGGUGAUCCAGGCUCCCAACGGGCCGUUCGCCUCUUGCCACUCCCAGAUUGACCCAGGCCCCUAUCUGUCUGAUUGCGUCUUUGCCCUGUGUGUGUCAGGAGGGGAGAGCAGUGCCCUGUGCGAGUCCAUUCAGACAUACGCAGCCGCCUGCCAGAGAGCGAAUGUCUCCAUCUCACCUUGGAGGAACGAGUCUUUCUGUGCCCCAGGAUGCCCAGCAAACAGUCACUACGAGCUCUGCGAGCCGCCCUGCCGGGACUCCUGUGCACGCAGCAUGAUCCAGGCUGAGUGCAGCCGCCUGUGUGCCGAAGGCUGUUUCUGUAACGCCGGGUACCUGCGCAGCGGGGCCAGCUGCGUUCCAGAGCAGCAGUGCGGCUGCGUGCGCAACGGGCUGCACUACCCGGCUGGGGACCGGGUCUGGCUCUCUGGUUGCCAGGAAAGGUGCAGCUGUGACUCCUCUGCUACUUUCCGGUGCGUCCCCGCCAGCUGUAACCCCGGCCAGCAGUGUGCGGUGAAGGACGGGAGGCUGGGCUGCCAGAGCCAGCUGAGCACCUGCACGGUGACAGGGGACCCUCACUACUUCACCUUCGACGGGGCCGUGGCCCAUUUCCAGGGCACGUGCGCCUACGAGAUCUCACACACCUGCAACUCCUCCCUCGACUUCUCCUUCCGGGUGGUGGCCGAAAACAGGCACCGCAGGAAUCGCCGGGUCUCUUUCGUCUCCCGGGUGGACGUCUGGCUCGAGAGAGGCGACCAGAACGCUCACGUUGUCCUAGCGGACAGCAGGGCUGCUGAGGUGACCAUGGGGACGUUGGAAAGGAGCUCCAGCCCCAGAGAGCCCUCCCUGUCCGACCCCAGCAUGGCCCCUGUUAACGGGGCGAGGGUGAGCCUGCCGCACGCCCUGGGCCCUCUGGGCAGCGUGUCCAGGAGCAGAAACCUGGUGACCGUCCAGACCCCAGCCCAGGUGGAGAUCCAGUUCAACGGCCGCCACACGUUGUUCGUCCGCGUGGGCCCGGAGUACCGGGGGCAGCUGUGCGGGAUGUGUGGGAACUUCAACGACAUCCGCGGGGACGAUAAAGUCCUGCCCAGCGGGGAGACAGCCCAGAGCGACGCGGAGUUCGGGAACGCCUGGAAGGCUGAGCCCAGCCCGGCCAGGUGUGUGGAUGACACCGACUCCCCCGAGCCCUGCAGCGACCCCCUGGAGUUUGAAGAGCUCUGUGGGAUCCUGACUAGCCAGUCGGGACCGUUUGCUGAGUGCCACUGGCACGUGGACCCUGCCCCGUUUUACUCCUCCUGCCUGUACGACAUGUGCCACUACGGGGCGGCCAAUGGGAUGCUGUGCAUGGCCAUCGCCUCCUACGAAGAGCUGUGCAGCCUUCAGGGGAUACGCGCUGGCACCUGGAGAUCGUCUGUGCAGUGCCCUGUGCGUGACCCGUGUGUGGCUCUGGCCUGCGGGGAGGACGAGUGGUGCGGCGAGCAGGCAGGGAGAUGGGGCUGUUACUGCUACGGAGCUGCUGAGCCCAUCCAAGUGGCUGACUAUGACUAUCAGCUGGCCUGCAGUGGCGGUAACAGCUCAGUGUCCCUGUCCCGCUGUCUGCUCUUCACCGACGGCUUCCCCGCAGAGGCCUUGCACCUGGCCGACCCCAGCUGCACCGGCAGCCUCGUCAGGGGCAGACUCGUCUUCUACUUCGACAGCACGCGGCAGAGCUGCGGGACCACGGUGACGGUCAACGCCACCCACGCCACUUACUCCAACCGGGUGCAGGGCCGGGUGGGCACCACCUAUGGAGGGGUCAUCAGCCGGGACAGGCUCCUCUUCUUGCACUUCUCCUGCGCCCAGCCACUGAGCUUCAACCUGUCCGUCCCACUGGCCAUCCAGCCCAUACAGGAUGUCGUUAACACAACCCUCCCCUCCGGCCAGGGGAGCUACCUGACCACCAUGGUCCUGUACCAAGACCCCCGCUACAGCAAACCCUUCACCCAGAGCCCCGUCCCGCUCACUGUCAACCACCGAGCCUACGUGGGCAUCCGGGUCUCGGGGCUGGACCCCAGCCACUUCGUGCUGACCCUGUCAUCGUGCUGGGCCACCGCGGAGCGAGACCCCUCCUCCAGCGUCCGAUGGGAUCUCAUCACCAGCCAGUGCCCCAGCCUGCGAGACGGCACGGUGACCAUCGAGGAGGACGGCGUCUCCACCAUCAGCCGCUUCUCCUUCAACGUCUUCCGGUUCCUCCCAGACUUGGAGCUGGUGUAUCUGCACUGCCGCGUCCGGCUCUGCAGCGCCCAAGCGGCCACGUGCACCGUGGACUGCGCCAGGCCGGGCUCUGCUGUGCGGGGCAGGGAGCCUCCGUCGGGGGUCGUGUCCGCUGGCCCUUUCCUGAAGUACGACGACGCUGCCGACCAAGGGCUGCAGCUGGCCAGCGGGAGCCCUGGCUCACCCACCUGCUCCCCGCUGCUCCUGCUGCUCAGCACCUCCUGCCUGCUCCUUGCCGGAGCCCCCUGAGCCUGGGCCA